AUGAAGUAUGCACAUUUUUUUUUGAGGCGGGGGGUAAGUUGCAGGUCCCCCCUGAAUGCGUGCGGCGUGCAGAGGGCGGCAUUUAGAAGGUACUACUUCGCCAGCGUAUGCCCAAAUGAGAUAUGCGGGAAGGUGGUGCAGGGGCGCCUUUUCAGCAGCAGGGCGGGCAUGUCUGACGGUGGCGCCCGGAGGGGGGUGGAAGCGCAAAAUGGAAGCAGCGGAAUUGAGGAAAGUAGGAAGGAUGGCGAAAUGGGUGAAAAUGGCGGAAAAGGCGGAAAAGGUGAAAAAGGCAUGAAAGGCGAAAAGGGUGAAGACGGGCAACACGGCCAAUUUGACCAGUUCGACCAGCAGGGCAAACACACGGAGGGCGCAGAACAGAAGAAAGAACAAAUGAAGGAAACGAACUACGAAAAAUUGAACAAGGCGGAUUUAAUUAACGAAAUUAAGAAGACAAAGCGAGAUAUAGAAGAAAAAAUGGUAGACAAUAAAAUAUUAAAAGAAAAGUAUCUGUCCGUAUUGGCAGAAAAUGAAAACUUAAGACACAGAUAUGUAAAGGAAAUCGAAAACAGCAAGCUGUACUGCAUCAGCAACUUUGCAAAGUCGCUCCUGGAUGUUGCGGAUAAUUUGUCCCUAGCCAUUAAAAACAUCAACGAAGAAUCGCUCAAGCAGAAUGAAGAAAUAAGCAACAUAUACAAAGGCAUACAGAUGACGGAGACUAUCCUACAUAACAUUUUUAAUAAAUAUGGGAUAGAUAAGUAUGACCCGAUUAAUGAGAAAUUCAACCCCCUCUUCCAUGAGGCCCUCUUCGAAAUUAAUGAUGACACCAAGGAGAAGGGGACUGUCGCGACCGUUGUGCAGCAGGGCUACAAGAUAAAGGACCGCAUCUUGAGAGCUGCCAAGGUUGGAGUUGUUAAGAAUUGA